AUGGCACCUACAAUUCAAGUGAACGGUACGACCCCCAGUGCAUCUGAUCCUUCGUUACUCUCCAAAGUGAAAGAUGUUUAUGAACAAGCUGGACAAUCUCAUGUAUUCACAUUCUUCGAUAAACUUUCUACAGCUGAACAAGCUAAUUUAUUAAAACAAUUAUCCGAUAUUGAUAUCAAUAGAGUGAAUCGUAUAUAUAUGAAUGCAGUAGCUGCGGACGGAGCCAUCACACCACCUAAUGAGAUCAAUUAUGAUGAAUCUCUCGCACCCGGGUUAUCCAAUUUACUAGGUAGAUCAAGAACUCCGUCACCUAGACCGACUGAGGAAGUUUUACCUUUACCAGAAGAAGCCUGUGCUUCAAUCGUCAAUAAUCCUCAAGACGAAAAGAAAUGGAAAGAAAUAGGUCUGAAGGCCAUAGCAGAUAAUCAAGUCGCAGUACUUCUAAUGGCAGGGGGUCAAGGUACAAGAUUAGGUUCCUCUUUGCCAAAAGGAAUGUAUGAUAUUCAAUUACCUUCGGGAAAAUCUUUGUUCGAAUAUCAAGCUGAACGUAUAGGUAAACUAGAGAGGGUAGCUGAAGAAUCCGCUGGAAAACAAAUAGGUUCAGUUAGAGUUAGAUGGUAUGUAAUGAUUUCGGGUCCAACAAGAGUAGAAACGGAAAAGUAUUUCAAGGAGAAGAACUAUUUCGGCUUGAAAGAGGAAGAUGUCAUUUUCUUUGAGCAAGGUGUACUUCCCGCUCUCAGCGAAGACGGUAAACUACUGCUGUCCACCCCAUCAUCCCUUUCCGUCGCGCCAGAUGGAAAUGGUGGAUUGUAUGCCGCACUCCGAAGACCCCUCUCACCCGAUUCACCAAGAACCGUUUUAUCCGAUUUGAAAGAUCAAGGUGUUCAAUAUGUUCACGCCUAUUGUGUGGAUAACUGUCUAGUCAAAGUCGCUGAUCCAGUUUUCAUUGGCUGUUGUAUCGAAAGACAAUCUCAAGCAGGUGCCAAAGUAGUACGAAAACUGAACCCAACUGAAUCAGUCGGAGUUUUAGCUGCCAAAGGAGAUGCGUUUACAGUAGUCGAAUAUUCAGAAUUAUCAAAAGAGAAAGCUGAAUCGAGAAAUUCAGAUGGUCAAUUGACUUAUAGAGCAGCUAAUAUUGCAAACCAUUUUUACACUUCGAGAUUCUUGGAAUCAGUCGAAGCAAUGGAAAGGAAAAUGGCUUUCCACAUAGCAAGAAAGAAGAUUCAAACUGUCAAUUUGACAAAUGGAGAAAUCAUCAAACCGAAUGAACCAAAUGGUAUGAAAUUAGAAUUAUUCGUUUUCGAUGUUUUCCCUUUCACGAAAUCGUUAUGCGUUUUAGAAGUUUCAAGAGAAGAAGAAUUUAGUCCAUUGAAAAAUGCUCCUGGAUCAAAGGCUGAUUGUCCAGAAACGUCAAGAAAAGAUUUAUUAGCUCAACAGAAAAGAUGGCUAUUAUCCCAAGGAGCAAAAAUACAAGAUGGUAUCGAAAUUGAAGUCACUCCAAAAAUCAGUUAUGCAGGUGAAGGUUUAGAUUGGGUGAAAGGUAAAACAUUCAUCAAAAGUGGUGUUUUAUCCACUAAGGAGGAUUUGGAAAAAUUGACUGAGUAG